GCAGCGGGCCACUGGCUAGGGGACUGUCCCCUUGCCCCCUCCUCCUCUGCUGGGGUCUGCUUCAAGUGUGGUUCCUCUGAACACACCUGUCAACAGUGCCACGCCAAAGUCCCUUCUGGAGAGUUUCCCUAUGCCAAGUGUUUCAUAUGUGGUGAGAUUGGUCAUCUGACUCGCUCCUGUCCUGACAACCCCCGUGGUCUUUACCCCCGAGGAGGCGGGUGCAAGAUUUGUGGCUCUGUGGAACAUCUGAAAGCUAACUGCCCUGAUGGAAACAAGUCCACUAAAGUGACCACAUCCGCCGCUACUAGUGAGGCGCGUGGAGGUGGGGUCUCUGCUGUUUCUCUGAGUGCCGAUGCUUUGGACAAUGAGGGGUCACCUCCUGUCAGAAAAAGACAGAAAACUGGGGGAAAAAGAGCAAAGAUAGUGAAAUUUUAAAUUCUCUGGGAUCACUUUUUUGAAUACUAUAUAUAAUUUUUUGCACCAUGCUAUGUUACUACGCGAGGUGUAUAUUAUAUUUUAGUCGCAAAAUUAUUUCCACUGCACAGGUAUAUAGUAAGGACAAGGGCUGCAAGGCAAGUAAAGCGGACAUAGUUAUAGUGCUGGGUAAAUGAACACCACAUGAUCGCUGCAAGCAAAAAAGAAAAAAAUGCAAAUACAUAAAAGUGAAAUAUAAUUAUAGCCUCAAGUUUUGCAUUCUAAGAUCUCGACACUGUCAGUUGGAUGGCCUGAUGAGGUGUACCCUCCCACAAUAACAAGCCGGUCAACGGGCAGGGUGACAGCGAGGCACAUUGACCGGCCAACCUUCAUGUGAUCCAGAAUGUUCCACGAGUUGUUAUGAGGAUUAUACAGGUAUACCUCUGACGCAUUCUUUCCAGAGAUGCUCCUCCCACCAAUGGCUAACAGGCGACCGCGGUACGGAACAAGUGUAGACUGGGCUACUGGUACACUGGAGAGCUCUUUCCAAGCGCUUUUCCCCUGACGUGGCCUGGAAGGAGUAGACGACAGGAGAUCGGAUAGAGUGCAUGUGAGGAAGGCGGAGGAUGCUCCAGAGUCUGUAAUGCCUCCAGCUAGGUAUAGGGCACCGUGUUGAUGAACAAUAGAAAUCUCUGACCACACAUGCGGGAGUGAACGCACAGUGGUCCACUGUAGAGUCCCGAUGUCCAUUACCUCCACGGUACUCAAAUACCUCUCCGUGGUAUAACCGCCAGCUACCACCAGGGCCGUUUCAGUGCUGACGCAUGCCACUUUGCUCCGCUGCGUUGGCAUGGGAGGAAAGACUGCCUGCCACUGUCUCCUUUUCCCCUCGACUUGUAUCAGACUCAGCAAUUGGUUGGUGGACCCUCCGACACUGGUCAGUGUACCUUCGAUUACGGCCAGACCGAAGUUCCAGUUGGGAUUAUCAGUCAACGCAAACCAACGCUCUGUCCCAAGGACAUUGUUGUAGGAAUAGACGUUGUGUGAGUUGACUGGUCUGAAGAAAGCCGUGUCCUCGUGCACUACGGCUGCCCCUCUGUACAUCUUCUCUGGUGCAUUCAUCCCCUCACUCCACACAGUCGUUACCACUGGGACAAUUUCCUCCUCCUCUCGCUGUUGCUGUUGAUUAGCUGUGCCUGUGGGUUGUUGCUGGUUCAAUUCUUGAAUCACCUUCUCCUGUCCUGUGACAGUGUCCUGGAGAUUUCGGAUGAUCUCGUCCCUCUGUGCAAGACUGGACUGCAGGACUCGCACUUGCUCCUUUGUCUGCUGCAAUUCUCUCACCAUGGCGUGCACAUUCUCUCGAAGUGUUUUGUCUUUGGCAUCAAUUUCCCUGUCUCUGCUUGCGAUGAUACUUAGGUAAUGCUCCUCCAAGGCUCUCUGGUUCUCUUGCAUUUGCCUCUGCUGAUCUUCAAUUGUGUGUUCAUACCCUUGAAUACGUCCGUUGAGUGUGUUGAUGGCGAUCUCGCUUUCACGAAUUUGCACGAGAUGCUUUUCAGCUUCUCCUGCCAUGACUUGGAUCAAUUUCUUCUGGUCUUCACAUUCUCGUUUCACUAGUUGCAAUUCCCGGCUCAUUAUGCCUUCUUGUUGCUCUCUGGUGCACUGCUUUAGCCCUGAAAGCCUCUCACUAAGCUGCUCGGCCGAAGGGCAGUUUUCACUAUCUUUCUGCAGGCACUGAAGGAUUACAGGCUUGAGCGGGUU